GAGUGUCGAAGUAAACUAAUUAGUAAGAAUUACUUUCCAUUUUACUACGACCAUUUUUUUUACCUAGUUUAAUUACAAUUUUACAAUUUAAUUGGGUGCAAAGAUGGGUAUACGCCGGCGACAGAGAUAAGAGGGCGGUUUAUAUGCGAGGGCUGGCGGCGCGCGCGCCAGUACACCGCACGUCGUCCGCCAUGCCGGCCUGCGCGCCCGAGUACCGCCUCCUGCGCUCCGCCAGCGAGCUCGCCUUCGCGCCGCGCGCCAAGCGCUGCACGCACCAGCCGCCCUUCACCGCGCUGAGGCGCUCCUUCUCGUCCACCUUCUCCCUCAUCCCCGAGGAGCGCGCCGUCCCGCCCGAGCACACGCCGCUGCUCCAGCGCCUCUUCCAUGUCGUCACCUGGUUCCCCAGGCAAUGCCUGCGACCGGCCUUCGCUCUCUUCGGCCUCAUCGCACACCCAGCUUGGAAACAAAUACUCGUAGUCCUACCCACGUUAUGGAUCGCCGCGUCAUUAUUCAUCUUCUGGAAGUGUGUACAGUUCCCUAUUGGAUUUUUGAAGAUGGUCGGAAGUGCGAUCUCCAGGAGCACGGACAAACGACGCACGGUUCUCAUCAGCGGCGGAAGCUCUGUUCAAGCAUUGCAUUUAGCUCGAAACUUUCACUCUGCCGGUGCCAGAGUCAUCGCUUUCGAGGUAGAGGGACAAUUCGCGCUUUUGAAAUACUCUGCAGCUGUCGACAAGUUUUACACGGUGCCCCGACCGAAUCCGGCCGAUCCUUUAGCUUACGCACGAGCUUUAAAAGAAAUCGCGGAAAGGGAGUCCGCCGUGUUCUAUAUUCCAGUGAGCUCGACGACGCCCGCCUACUACGACGCAUUAGCGAAACCCCAUUUAGAAGUGCUCGGUUGCCAAUGUUUUGUGCCGUGUGCUCGUGACGUGGUCACGCUAGAUGACCCGUUGGAGUUGAUGCGCAUGUGUCGCGUCGCCGGCUUACCCACGCCACAGUUCUGGGUCGUGACCAGCGAGGAUGAUGUGCGAGCCUGGUACGAUAGCGGCGCGUCCAAGGAAGGAUAUCGUCACUUUAUCGCCAGCGCCGGCGCUCGUGGUGCAAGGGACCGCCUAAGAUUUGUGAUGCCCGAAGACCGAACAAAUUUCCGAUUCCCGCGAGAGAUAAGUGCGGAAAAGCCGUGGGUUAUUGUGAGGGAGCCGAAGGGAGAGAAGAUGGUGACUUGUACGACAUUGAAAGAAUCGCGCGCUGUGAACAAUGUGACCUGUCGCGUCGACCCGGCGAGGAAGGGAUUGGUGCCGCAGAGGGAUGAAGAAGCUGAUAUUUGGGUGCAAAGAUUCAUAUCCUGUCUCGCACCAUCGCGGCCUAUGACGGGGCACAUUUCGUUCAGAUUAGUGCGCGAGGAAAGCACGACGAAUGGGCAUGUAAGCCGAAUGAUAGCGAUCGGAGCGCGUGUCGGGGUAUCGUUACCGUAUUUAUGCCAAGGAUCUAAACGAUGCGGACACACCGCGACUGUUGGGAAGCUGUUGAACACGGUGUUGGACACCCGCGAGGCGCUAUUCGCUUACUGGGACCCGCUGCCGUAUUGUGCUUAUUACCAGUCUCGAUUGCCAGAGGACAGGAGGCCGCCCUCGCCGGAGCCGUGUAAGACGCCCCCGAACGUACCUCUCUGAGCCCCUCGCGGCUGAUAUGCAGGAGGCAUAUUAUGGCUAAGACGAUUAUUUAUUAAGACGCUCGAGUACCUGAAGAGUGUGUGGAACUUUUCUGAUGCUGUCCUCGGAGUCACGCUCUCUCUACCCGUUCUCUCUCUCGGACGAAUAAAGCGAAGGUCGUGGGGUCGGAGGACAUAUAAGUUGUAACUACUAAGUAGGCAUUACAUGAGUACAUCCAGAUGAAUGUUUUUUUUAUUUUAUUUUUUAUUAAUUUUAUGGAUUAAUAUUAAGUGGUCUACGUUUUUAUAUUUUAAGAAUAAGCUAGAAAAUAUGGUGAUAAAUUAUUUAUUCCAAUUAUAAA